CGCGCUCGCGUCAAUCCCGCUGCGCAACUUCUGUAGGCUGGCAGACUUCCUUCAAUAUUAUUUCUGGGGGAGCAGGGUAAAAGUACUAAAAAAUGUUGCCGAUCCACAACACCGGGACGGACUGAAUGGAGGCAACGCUGUCAGCGAGCGGAGAUCAUCAAUCCGUCUACAGCGCACCGCGACACACACCGAGCGGCUUGUUGACUUCUCCGUAAACGUCCAGCCCUCGGCCUCCCCAUGCCUCCAUCUCCUCUUGACGACAGAAUUGUGGUGGCGCUGCCAAGGCCGAUCCGACCUCAGGAACUCCAAUUGCGCCUGGACACCAGCUACCUGGACUCCAUUGCCACCAGCAGCAGCAACAAGACAGUCAUCAGCACCACCGUGGUGAAGAUCCGGGCGACGGCCAAUCUUGUAACGUAUAUGCCCUCAUCCAAGGGCUCCACGCGCUCGUUGUCGUGUGGAUGCAGCAGUGCUAGCUGCUGCUCAGUGACUACCUAUGAGAAGGACAGCCAGAGCCUCAACCACAGCCAGGUGAGCGCCAGCAGCCCCGACCUCAGCUAUGCCGGGCCCCCGACCCCAAUGGUCAGCAACCACGAAGCAUUGAGCGCCCCCAGCCUCACCCCGGGCACCCCGAAGGCCCUGUCCACCGUGAGGCUCAUUCAUCCCAAUGAGCUGGCCAAACGGAUGACCUGCUGCCCCAUGGGACACCCUGUAGGGCCCGUGCCGGUCAUCAUCGACUGCCGGCCCUUCAUGGAGUACAACAAGAGCCACAUCCGGGGAGCCGUGCACAUCAACUGCUCCGACAAGAUCAGCCGGCGGCGGCUGCAGCAGGGCAAGAUCACUGUGCUGGACCUCAUCUCCUGCCGCGAGGGCAAGGACUCUUAUAAGGGCAUCUUCUCCAAAGAGAUUGUGGUUUACGAUGAAAGCACCAUGGACCCCAACCGGCUGACGUUCUCCCAGCCACUGCAUGUGGUUCUGGAGUCACUGAGGAGGGAGGGCAAGGACCCCAUCAUCCUUAAAGGAGGCCUUAGCUGCUUCAGGCAGGGCCACGAGGACCUGUGCGAGCACUCGCUGCACCUUCACGAGGGCUUGGACACUGGUGCUGCUGCUGGCCUGACGGGGCCGCUACCUCACUCCCUGCCCUCCACCCCGGACAUAGAGAACGCAGAGCUGACACCAAUCCUGCCCUUCCUCUACCUGGGGAACGAGCACGACGCUCAGGACAUCCACCUGCUGCAGCGCUUCAACAUCGGCUACAUCUUGAACGUGACCACCCACCUGCCGCUCUACCACUAUGACACGGGCCUCUUCAUCUACAAGCGCCUGCCCGCCACAGACAGCAACAAGCAGAACCUGCGGCAGUACUUCGAGGAGGCGUUUGAAUUCAUUGAGGAAGCACAUCAAGCAGGUAUGGGCCUUCUGAUCCACUGCCAGGCAGGCGUGUCUCGUUCAGCCACCAUCGUGAUCGCCUACCUGAUGAAGCACACCUGGAUGACCAUGACAGACGCCUACAAGUUUGUCAAAACCAGGAGGCCCAUCAUCUCCCCAAACCUCAACUUCAUGGGCCAGCUGUUGGAGUUUGAGGAGGACCUUAACAACGGAAUAACGCCACGAAUCCUGACGCCAAAGCUGAUUGGUGUGGAAACCGUUGUCUAAAAACGGACCCGCUCGACUCAUUCGACUCUCACUGUUUUUUAAAGAGAGACCGGCUGCUCUGUGAGCCGGUUUGGAGUGUGGGGGGGCCGCUGUAUUCUUCUUGAAUCUCCUCACGCUCAUCUUGGACUCUCUGGAGUGCCAAAGCUCUGGGUCAGUGGUGAUGAGAAAUGCCAAAAAUCCCUACUGUUUGGACGUGGCUGCAGUCCCGGAGGAGAAGACGAGCUAGAGAUAGAGAUAGAGAGGGGAAGCGGUCAGUGGGAAGCUUUCCAUUUGUGACCCCAGAGGAGCAAACAUGGAGGAAAAGGAAAUCGGUUUGGAAAAGAUAUUCUAUGUGCUUAGGGGCAAUUACUGACAAGAGAAACAAUUAAAGCUCACACUGUGGCACACAGUUUCUGUUUGCAGACUCAGGCGGGGUUGGCCAUGGCAGUGCCUGUCAAAAAAAAAAAAAAAAGAUAAAAAAAAGUAAAAAAAACGAUGAAGACUUGUUUGGUGUGUUAAUGUUGUUGUUCUAUUUUUAUACAGGGGUUUAUGGGGGUGACCAUGACGAGCCCACAGCGGCUUACUGUGCAAUAAUUUCAGAGUGGAAUGCAACUGAGACCUUGAUCUUAUGUGUAUAUAUCGGUAAUGAUUACAUUUCCAGCUCUUUGCUGAAAUACCAUUUUGAUGUUUAUGUAAUUACUGUCGUUCAGUUCUUUAUGUUUAUGGUGCGUACAGUUAUGCUGUAAUAUUUGGCGCAGACAAGAGAAGAAAAAAAAGAAGGGGGUUUAUUUUUGAGCGCAGCUUGUGGGUUUAUGUCCGUCAUCAGAACCACAAAUUCAUAAUUCGUGUGUUUGCUUCUUCGUUUUUGCCAUUCCUGCAUCCACAUAUGCAUAUAUUUUUAGCAAUAUAUAUAAAUAUAUAUAUAUUACCAGACAGCCAUAAGAGCUUUUUUUAUGCAUGGCUGCUGGCAGAGGAAAGAACACUUUGAAAUAAUCAGAGACUAUUGUAAAACAGGGCUACUGGUGAUGUUUAAUGUAACAGAACGGAGGAAUUUCACUGCCUGCUUCUGUCGUCUCCUCUGUUCUCUUUGCUCCCGUUCAUCCAUGUUGAAACCGACUCCACUAAGUCCCCUACGUAGCUUCAUUUGUUUAUGUCAACGCCCUGCAUUUUGAGCGUGUCCAUUGUAAGGUAGCAGAGUUGAGGUACAGACUUCAAACAUUCACUUCCUCCCGCGCGGUCACAGUGCAGUGUGACGGCAGUGGUACAGUAGAGCAGUGUGACCCUUUGUCUGAUCUUUUGCAACUCCCCUGUUGCUGACACUAAGCUACAGUUAAGUGAGCUCUUCUGCCUUGCAUAGGCGAGCGCUGCUUUCACGUGCUGUUCUAGUGCCUCUAUCAAUGCCUUAAUUCAUGUGUCACCACUGAGCCUGCGCACGGUAACACCAUCACGUGCAGACGGAUGCAGAACACACCGAGGUCGAAUUUUUUGACACCCAGACUAAAGCAUCCUGCUCCUUCUUGGUCUCUGUGUACCCUACAGAUUUAUUCCUGAUAUUCCUGAUUAAUAUGCAGAAUUGGAGAAAAUGACAUUGAAAGCCUUGAGGUGAAAAUGUUCAUUAUGUAACCCUGAUCUCGUGGUGGCACUUGAAGGUGAGUCUGAACACCACCGUGAAUUGUAAAUCAACUCUGCACUAAACAGUAGUGUGGUUAAAAAAAGUAUAUGCACGCACACAAGUUUACCCUCAUCCUGUUGCACCUGAAUAUAUUCACCUUUGACUCAUACAACAACAACUACAUGUAGAUAGACAUACCGAGAACAGCUAAAAAAUAAAGUACUUAACUUAGUAGUGCUGCUUUGCCUUCAUUCUGAUCCAAACUGCAGAUUUUAGUAUUGCUGCUGAACAGAAUCAAAAUUUUGCAUUUGAGCCUCAACAGUUUUUACAAAUUUGAUUGUCCUCUUAUAGCACCCAGGUGGAUGCAUGUGUUUUCAACCACCGGUACAAAGAUAAAUACCUUGUUUUUUUGAGAAGACUGUGCACAUGACCAUUUAAAAAGUGAGCAUUUAAAGGUACAGUGUGUAGGAUUUAGUGGCAUCUAGUGGUGAGGAUUAGAGAUUGCAACCAGUUAAAACUUCUCCUGGUUAGAAUUCCUUCGGUGUUGAUUGUUCAAGAGGUUUUUACUGGGAGCAGAAUUACCCACAGAGGUCUCUUCCUUGCCAAAACAAAUGGACCAGGUGAUUUUAACUGCUAAAAACACUUCAUAAAGCAGUUUCACGUUAAAAAUCUGUUUGGCUUAUCAUGAAGGAGCUGCUAACUAUGGCGGCUGACGCAAAAAUGCGAAUGGCUCUAUCUAGAACCAGUGUUUAGUUUGUCAGUUCAGGGCUACUGUAGAAACAUGGCGGACUCCGUGGAAGAGGACCAGCUUCAUAUGUAGAUAUAAACGGCUCAUUCUAAGGUAACUAAAACACAGUGAUUAUUAUUUUUAGGUGAUUUUACACUAAAGAAAGGAUACUUAUUACGUUUUAUUCCCUGUCUGCCAAUUUAUUACCGUAAAUCCUACACACUGGACCUUUAAACACAGCAAAAAUAUUGAUCUAAAUUAUGAAUAAUCAGAAAAUAUAGCCUUGUUUAAGUCUAAAAACCACAAAUCUGUGAUCUAACUAGUUUUGAUUUCAUGAACCCCAAGGGCUGUCAGAGUUUCACACAUAAAAGAGCAUGUAGUACUUCAACUGAAGUUUAAAGAUUCAGAUUCAGACCAAAAAAAAACCAAGCAGCUACGAGUUUGGUCCCAUAUUUUCCAAGCUGACGUGAAGCAGCUUCCUCACAAACGAUGGUUUCUGUUCUUGUUUCUGUUCAGCUCUCCAUUGUUUGCAUGAAAACAAAGAAGCACAGGGCUAACAAUAUCACUGUCAAAGCACCCCCACCCAAAAAUAUAUAUAUAUAUAUAUUUUGCAAUACACCCUCUGUGAACCAUUGUAUCUUCAAAAGUACAUCUGAACCCAAACAGCUGGAGAGUGAUCACAUGUCUGUCAGCGAGAUGAAGGAGAAUGCAAGACGUUUUCAUAGAUUACAAACACACAGUGCACUCAGUAAGGCUUUACGGCACCAAACAUUCACAACAAUAAGCUUCAAAAAUCCCUCAUGUGAAAAUUCAUGCUAUGCAAACGAAGUUGUAACAGGUUGUUUGGUUACGCUACGAUCAUGGAACUGUUGUGUGAGGUCUCUGCGGACAUUUCGAGCAUGAAUAAGAGUUUGUAGCCUCAGAUUGAAGUGAGUUUUUUUCUACGUGUGAAGAAGUUUAAAAAAAAAGUUUGUGUUGCGACGUCUCACUUUGUAUUUCUGUUGCUGUUGUCAUUGGUGUCUACUGGUGCUCCACAAUAUAUUUGAAUAUGAUAAAAGAAAAAAGGUAUAUCCAUUUACCACACGUUUGUAGCUUGUGCAUUUAUAUUCAGUGAUUACCAUUUGCAAAAAAAGAGUGCUUACCAUCUGAGCCAAUGUUAUAUAAGAAUAAUGAACCUUUUCGUCCCACCUGCCGGUUCCUACAACCGCAGCGGCACAUGGCUUUUGUAUGUAAUGAUCUAUUUGACUGAACAAUGUAACCGUCGUACUGUACAUUAAUCUCUGGUUGGAAAACGAAGCAUGCUGUGUGCUCCUGGUCUGUGAGGGACACUUGCAGACAUUAUGGUGCUGUCUGUCUUUCCCACACUGCUCUUUCUGUAGAGGUCAUAGCCUAAUUGACAGCUCCAAGAGGCAUCUGGGUCUGUUCCCUUUUCUUUGGAAACACGGUUCUGUAUUAGAACAAUAUCAAGCUGUCAUAUUUGAUGUGCACUCUUUAUGACUAGACUUGUUUAAGAGUCUCUGCUUUGGGCUCAGAGGCUCCGGUGGAAACGGGCUUCGCUCUACAAGUCUCUGUAUCUUUCUUUGUGUCUGUAGUCAACGGUCAAGUAUAUACAGUAUAUAAAUAUAUAUAUAUAUAUAUAUCUAUUUUCUUUGUAUGCAUAUAUUCAUUACUAUUUUUGCACUGACCUACGGACAGAUGGAUUUAUUUUUUUCCACAAAGGGUGCUAUUAUAACGGAGGCCUUCUCCCACACCUUUUUGCAUGACUUGCUCAAGAUUCCUCAACUGGUCUGUCAUCUCUCCUACUCUUCUCCUACUACUCCUUGAACUGUUGCAAUUGAAGCACUGUAAUUUUGUAAUCCCUACUUGUGAGCUUUGAAAUAAACAGGGAGGCUUCAAGUUUG